UGAAAAAGUUUUUCUGUGAGGGGGAAAAACAACGAGCCCAGAAGACCUUCUCCGACCGGGACUGUCGGACUGUGCGGACACUUGCACUCUAACUUUGCACCCCGUCGUCGAAAUGUUAAUACAGUUGUUUCGCUGCAUCGACUCCGUGGCCGUUGUGGCGACUAUUUGUGUAACAGUGUUGCUGGCGAACAGCUGCCUGUGUGUUACCGAGGAGGACGAUGAGGUCCUGGAGAAAAAACAGCUCACGGAGUAUUACAAAAAGGGUGCGUUUAUCCUGGAGAGUGAGCCACUGAAACGCUGUAUCACAGUGGAUCGCUCUAACCUGGUGCUGGAGGAUUGUGAGCGGCCAACGCGCCACAUGCUGUGGAAGUGGGUAUCCCGACAUCGCCUCUUCAAUCUGGGUACCAGCACGUGCCUGGGCCUCAACAUUUCAAACACAACACAGCCUCUUGGCACGUUUGAGUGUGACAUGGGCCUUCCUGUGCUGUGGUGGCGCUGUAGCGGAAACAUGCUGUACGGGGCGUCCCAGUGGAAGGUGGCUGUGGCUGGACGUUUGGUGGUAGUAAAAAAAAACUCUCAUCAUGAGUGGAAAAGAUACAACACGCCUAGAGAGGGGCCCUGCUCAUAUCCAUAUGAAGAUAUCCACACUUUGUUCGGAAAUGCACAUGGCAUGCCCUGUGAUUUGCCCUUUAAAUACAAAAACAAGUGGUACUCUGAGUGCACGACAGAGGGGCUCGAGGGCCACCUGCUGUGGUGCGCUACCACCCCUCGCUAUGAUGAGGCUGAGAAAUGGGGCUUCUGCCCGGUGCAAGGUAAAGUCAACACACAGACAUACCAGAGUACGAAAAGAAUUUUAGUAUUUACACUACCUGGCCUGAAUGUGUGUACCUCUGAUUUCAGUUUCAUAAUGCCUCCAUGUUUAUACAAGCGAGGUCUCAUAUCGUUAUUCAUAGAUUCCAGUUGUAAGCGUUUCUGGGAGUCAAACCAGGAGCUGCGUGCAUGUUACCAGUUCAACCUGUACACCAUCCUAACUUGGAGUCAGGCUCUGUUAACUUGCCAGGCUCAAGGUGGAAACCUGCUCAGCAUCACCAGCCUGGCAGAGCACAGGUACAUCAGAGAUCGACUGGCAAGUGUUGGAGUCAUGGUGUGGAUUGGACUGAACCACCUGAAGGAUGGGCAGGGGUGGCAGUGGUCUGAUGGAGCACCACUGUCAUUGGUGAAUUUCACUACAGCUCUGCCUGCCAGCCCGCUACAGGACAACAGACAGUGUGGAGUGUACAACUCAGCCUUUGACGGCCACUGGCAGAGUCUUUCUUGUGAGUCCGCUCUGCCUUACAUCUGUAAGAAGACACCUAACAACACCUGGAGAGCUGAGCCACUAGAGAACUGGCAGUAUAUUCAUACAGACUGUGCCAGUGGCUGGUGGCCUCAUAAUGGUUUCUGCUACCGGGUGCUGUCAGAAACAGAGGCAGGGAGCUGGGAGGAGUCUUCCCGGACAUGUGGCUCUCAGGGGGCAAACCUCACCAGCCUCCACUCUCUGUCUGAGGUGGAAAUGCUGCUCAACCUCCUGGCUAACUUUUCAGGGGAGAGUAUGGAGGUAUGGAUUGGUCUCUGGAAACAGGCAUCCUCACCGACCGUAGAGUGGUCUGAUGGCUCACCAGUAACGCUCACUCUCUGGCACCAGUAUCACCCUCCUCACAAUUUGACGGAUGCAACUCUUUGUGCCAAAGCAGACAGGAAGGAAGGUAACUGGCUUUUAGUGUCAUGUGAUGAGCAGCUGUCUGCUGUGUGUCGAAGAGAAAGCCAGAAUCCUAUUCAUCAACCUGGAACCUGGAAUGAGGGUUGUUCUGAGCUCAGCCUUUAUAUGCACCUCGCCUCCCUUGGUCUUUUUGCUGGUUCUGUGUACAUUCCCUGCCUUGCUCCUGGUUGCCAUCAUCGCCUUCACUACACCCUAUAUUUUUGGUCCUGCUAUGUCUUGCCCAUUACCGACUCCUGCCUGCCUCCCUGCUUUACCGCUUCUGCCUGUGACUUUCUCCCUGGCGUCUCCAGUCCUGUGUUCCCCAGUGUUCGGUUUGUAACUUUCUGUUCUCCUCAGUUAACUUCUUGCUCCCUGGCUAUGCUAUUUUCAGUUUUCUCUCGUGCCAAGCUGUUAGUUAUUUGUAUUUUUGCCUCGUUGCUUUUCUGUAUAUUGGCCGCUCUUAGUUAUUGUUUUAUUAAAGUCUGGGUUCUCCCUGCCCCCUCGUGCUUUGUCUGCAUCUGGGUCCUCACUUUGCAAAUGGUUGGAAGCGACAUGAGCUACGAAGAUGCAGUGAUGGGAUAUUACUGCAAGGCUCCUCUUCUUACUAUGGAAAAUAGGUUUGAGCAGGCAUUUGUCAAUAGUUUGCUGAGUGAGAGCGGAGCUAACAGUAGCAUGUAUUAUUGGAUCGGCCUCAUGGAUCAGGAGAACAAGGGAGAGUACAGCUGGCUGGUUCACAAUGGCUCCUCUCUGCCUCUCACCUUCACAAACUGGAACAAACACCAGCCAGUCAGCGUUGGUGGCUGUGUAGCUAUGUCAGGUGGGCCUGCUCUGGGUCACUGGGAGGUCAAAGACUGCAAAUCCUAUAAGGCCUUGUCAGUAUGCAAGCAGAGCAUCAGCGGUUACCACGGUGUCCUGCUGCCAGAGCACCAUGUGGAUGCCUACGCCCCCUGUCCACCAGGGUGGGAAUCACACUCUGGGCUGCUUUACUGUUUUAAGGUGUUCCACAAUGAGAAAGUCCUGAUGAAACGCUCCUGGGUCGAAGCAGACUUCUUCUGCCAGGCCCUCGGAGCUCAACUGGCCAGUUUCCACCACUAUGAGGAGCAGGUGUUUGUUAAGCAGCUGCUCAGUACCAUGUUCGAAGGAACAGAGGGUCGUUGGUUUUGGGUGGGUUUAAAUAAAAGAGAUCCUGAACAUCCUGGAGCUUGGGAGUGGUCUGAUGGCUCUCCUGUGGUAACAUCCUUCAUAGAGGAUAAGAACGAGGAGGAUGACAGGAGGGACUGUGCUGUGUACAGCGACCUGACCAACACUAUCAUGCCACAGCCCUGUGAUACCAAACAUGAGUGGAUCUGCAAGCUGUCCAGGGGUGAUAAACUGAAAAGACCUUAUUGGUACACCGAGCAGAUCGAGCCCUGGGUGUUUUACCGUGGAGCUGAGUACCUGCUGGCCAAGCAGCCCUUUGACUGGGACACAGUCGCUCUGGCCUGUCAGAUGAUGGGAGCCUACCUGUUGUCCAUUCACUCCAGAGAGGAGCUGCACUUUGUCAAGGAGCGCUUGCGGCGGCUCUCCCUGGGCCCAACAGACUGGUGGAUCGGCCUGUCCACUGGGCAGCCUGGGGAGGAGGUCAGGUGGAGUGACAAAACAGAGGUCGACUUUGUGAACUGGGCAGAAGGGAGUGUUCGUGGUGGCCCUAGCAGAAAUGGGCUGUGUGUUACCAUGUCCUCUUCAUCGGGGAAGUGGUCAAAGAGCAAAUGCCAGGAUCUUCAUGGCUAUGUGUGCAAGAGAAAGACUGUGUCUGUGGUGGAGACUCCCAGGCAGCCGCGCUACAUCGGACGAUGUCCGGAGAAAUGGCUGUACUUUGGACAUAAGUGUCUCCUGCUUCACCUUCCUGGUAGUGCAAAGGAGGGGAAGAGUUGGACAGAUGCCCAGUCCAUCUGCGCCUCAUUUGAAGGCUCGCUGGUUGCUAUAGAAGAUGAGAUUGAACAAGCCUACGUCACCAUGCUGCUGCAGGGCAGCUCUGUUGGCGUCUGGAUCGGUCUACGGGAUGAGGACACCAUGAAAUGGACCAAUGGAAAACCAGUCAGCUACACUAACUGGUCUCCAGUUGAACCAAAGAGCUAUCUCACUGAGGAUGUGUGGCUGAGUGGAGCUGCUGAUGAACCACUGUGUACUGUCUUGUCCAACAACCACAGCUUCCACCUGACAGGGAAGUGGUACGAUGAGAAGUGCAGCGAGAGUGGGUAUGGCUUUGUUUGUCAGAAACCUCAAGAUACAUCCAAACCCCCCACCCACUCCUAUCACCACCCUCUCCCUGACAAUAUUGAUUAUGGAAGCCGCACCUACAAGGUUGUGUCUGGCAACAUGAGCUGGUACGACGCGAUGCAUAUGUGCAUAGAGAAUGAUUCUGACCUAGUGAGCGUUACAGAUGCCUACCACCAGGCUUUCCUUACUGUCCUUGUCAACAGAUUGGCAGACCCCCACUGGAUUGGACUGUACAGUCAAGACAGUGGCAUCAACUAUCAGUGGUCAGAUGGCAGUGACACAGUGUACACACACUGGGACGCAGCCGAUGACGAUGACGACUUUGCGUUGGGAGAGUGUGUGUACAUGGACGUGAACGGAGGCUGGCGGAGAGCUGACUGUGAAACUCCACUACCAGGAGCCUUGUGUCACGUUCCCCCACCAAGGAGCAAACCAUUUAUCUCAUAUGAGGUGCAGUGUUCCUCGAGGUGGGUGAAAUUUGGACAUGGCUGUUACAACUUUGAGCCUGUGGUGCAGAAACUUACAUUUGAAGAGUCCAGACAGCACUGUAGGCAGAAAGUCAACACCUCAGAUGUCCUGACCAUUGAGAGUGAGACAGAGAAUCGUUUUAUUCUGGAGCAGCUGUGGUCAUUGGGCUUCCUUCACCAGACUGUGUGGUUGGGGAUGUACUUCAACACUGACACUGAUUCUAUGGCCUGGGUGGAUGGUUCACCGGUGGAUUACACCAACUGGGCCAAUAAAGCCCCAGACUCCAAGCUGCUGACUACAGAUACCUGUGUUACUACCAGGGUGGUUGAUGGUGUAUGGCACCAGUCACAGUGCACUGAACGGCUUGGCUUUGUCUGCAAAACCAUCUCAGAUGUAAUGACCGAGGUAGAAGUGGAGCCACUAAAUGGUUCACAUCAUGGUAUCAUCCCCACUGCAAUGCUGGUGGCUGUACUGAUCUUUGUACUGCUGGCAGGAGCAAUGUGGUUUGUGUAUAAGAACUCUGCAUGCUUUCAUGGGCUCCCCAGGCUUGGCAAUGCUUACUACAGACAAACCAGCUCACAGGACACAGAGUCAGAUGGAAACGUGCUGAUCACAGACCUGGAGGCUCACUCAGGAGAAUAGCACUCAGUGGCUCCUCUCUGUUGUCCUUCUGUUCUCUUUCUGUCUCUCAAUGCCACAUGACACUGUAAAGCUGUGACGCUGACUCCUCAGGACAGUACUGAGACAAUGACGGCAAAUAUUUUAUUCUUAAAUAUGAGAAUGUGUUUGAAGGAUCCCAGUUGCUCAGUAGGGUUUUCAUUUACCCAAAUAAUUUAAAUGAGUCAAAUGAUAUGAAGAUGACUGAAGAGCCCACAUUUGAACUGCUGUGGCGGACUAACAAAAUUCACAUAAAUGAGAAUGUUGAGGAAGGAAUGCUUGAGAGUUUUAAACUUGUUAAAAGAGGUACUGAACAUUUGUUAUAAUUCUGUGGUAUGUGUAUGCAAACACAUGCUAGGAAAACAAAUUGGAUAAUAAAGAAAGGUUUUACUUAAGAUUCAAACAGGUGAAGGAAAAUCUUGGUUUACUUGUCAAAACUUUUAUUGUCAUAUAUAAAACAAAGAAGGUCCAGUGAUAUUUCUGAUGUAAUUUUCUAUAUUUUAUUCAGAAUCCAGCAGUUGUUAGAGCUGUAUGUGUGAUACAGCAGCUAUAUCAGUAUUACUUUUGUAUUUUGUAUUUUUUUCACAUUGUAUGUUCAAAACUAAGAGAAAAUGUGAGACAUGACAAAUUGAGUUGUAUUUUGCACAACUAUGGUUUUGUUUUAAUAAAUUUAAGGUAGGCCUAACUGAUUUGUGUAGGGUCUAUAUGUUUAUAUAUCUGCCUUAUAUGUUGGGCACUGUGUUUUGUCUUCACUCUGUAAAUUAAAUGUUAUAAACGGUACAAUGUCAACCAUACCAGUUUGAUCACUGUCUUGUUGUGUUAAAGCACAGGAGACUUAGAAAUAGAGGAAAUCCUUAGUGAAGGCUUUGUUUGCUUUUUAUGUACUGUAAUUAACUUUUUUUGUGUAAUAGAGCCUAAAAAUUUCACCACAGUAUGGCCACAAUUAGCUAAUUCCUUGAUAUUGUACAUCCUCAUUACAUAUGUGUGUAACUUGGGUCAAAGAAUUCGUACAGUAAUAUCUAACCAUGCACUCUCUAUACCCACCUGAGUUUUUUUGUUUUUUGCAAUUUGGAUCUUUUGCUUACAUUUUUGGCAGUUCUGUGCUGUAUCCUUAAA